CUAAAAAAAUUCAAAUAGAUAGUCUUGAAAAAGACUAAUGUGUAUUAUUCUUCAGGUGGUCUUCAAAACGCUCUAAGCGCUUCCAAAACCGACAUUCUUUGAAGCUGUAAAUAAAUUGAAGAACAAUCCAGAAGUAACCGAAAACACGACCGAGCUAUUAAAUAGCUCAAUCCGCAUAGCUCAAUAACUACGGGCAUGCUUUUGACCAGAGCCGGAUUUAAGGGGGGGCCCAGGGGGGCCGGGCCCCGGGCCCCCACAUUUUUGGGGCCCCCACAAAACGAGAAAAAGUUCUUUUCUCGAUCAAAAAUGAGAUUCAAUCAAAAGUUCAAUUUACAGUAAGAAAAUUUGAACAGACCAUUUCAAUCUGAAACUUUCCUUCAGUGUUAUUUUUUCGCGAGCGCCAAUAUCACAACCACAUCCAUAAGAUUUCACCUUCGAUUCUCUCGGAAUGGCACACAUUAACACACCAUUUGAAUCGAACCAGCGCGCAUGGGAGAUCAAGCAGGAAAGAAGAUAAUCCACAAGUUUUUUUUUAAUACAUUGCUGUUGAUUCCGAAAAUAAGUUUACCUGUCCGAAUCAGGGAUACUAGAUUUGCGUUGCAAAAUGCAGAUUUUCAGAGUCCGUGUGCAGAUUUUAUUGACCUGCAGAAGUGUGUACCUAGUUUUUUCCUAGGUUCUUUAGAUUAUUGCCAGCGUAGCCUUAUAUUUGCGCAGUCUUUCUCAAAUUGUGUGCAAAUUUUUGCUUGCGGAUCGCAUUUUUUUCGAAUUGCGGUAGGUUUUUAUUUUUCAGAUAUCAAGAAAAAAAAUCCGGGUUUCGAGCAGUUGCAUACAUUUAUUUAUUUGAGCCUAAUGAUCUCGAACGCAACUGGAGAAAGGUCUUUAGAUGAAACUGAUGAAACUGAUUGAAAAUAGGUUGCGUACGACUAUGAAGAGUGAAAGGCUGUCAAACUUAGCAUUGUUAAGUUGAGAGUACAAUAUUCUGAAGGAGCUGAAUGUUGAUUAUUCAAUCAAUAAGUUCUCUGCAAAAAAAAACUCGUAAGAAAAAAUUCUAGCAAAUUUUUGGUAACUUUUCAAUGAGAAAUAAGUGUUUUUAACUCGUACGAUAAAAAAACGGGUUUGUUUUAUUCUGGGGCCCCCACUGUAAACUGGGCCCCGGGCCCCCACAAUCGUAAAUCCGGCUCUGCUUUUGACUUAGUAUAUUCGCCGUUGUACAUCGAAAUUAUCAAACUACAUCUAAUGUAUAAUAAAUUACCAAAACGGUGAGAUAAUAAAUAGCAGCUUGAAAAGAACAAUCAAGUUUAAAUCCAUUCUAACGUUGUCAUGAGCGUUACCUUACUUUUUUUCAUAACAAAAAUAAAAAGAACAAUACAGACAAGAUGGGCAGAGCAUCGCUAGUGCUGCUGUUGUUGGCCAUUUCCUGGAGCUGGCAUGUUUUAGGGCAACAAACAACGCUACGAUCAACGACCCGAGCUGGAGGAUCGGCUUUACGCAGCACUACCCGGGCAUCGCAGACUACCCGAACGACAGCAAAAUCUGGGCAGUUGGUGAACAUUCAGAGAACCAUCCCAAGAACCACGCAUGUUACAAGUAAGAAUGCGCCGCUGAAGCAAACUUCAACCACAAAGAAAAUGAAUCAACCAACCACAAAAGCAGGUCCAUUAACAACUAGAACUACCGCGCGGACAACGCAAGGUGCCACCAAGAAUGCCCAGCUGAAGCAGACAUCAACCACAAAGAGAACCACUACAAGGACUCCUACCAAGUCUACGACACUGGCUCGAUUUGUAAAAACUACUACCAAAUGGAUACCUAUGACUAUGGUACUCAAAAAUCAAACUAUUUGCACAAUCCUAACAUCGCAUGAUCUUUCAGCCCUACGGAAUGACAUUUAAUGAUUUUUUUUGUGUUCUACGAUGAA